CGUUUUGUUUCGAACAUCAACAGAGUACCGCGCACGGAAGACCCGCCCAGAGGGCAAGCUGAAGAGAGUGCUCAAAGUGCAGUGAUCGGCGAAGACGUGCAAAGACUUUGCUUGGCUUAAGCUUAUGAAUUGCUGACGUGAGUUUGGGGACUUCCAAGUGACAGACGCGAACGACCCCGUCCCAUCCCCGAAAUGCAGCGGCAAAUUGCAAUUCUAAUUAUCGUAUUAGCCGGCAACGUGUCGUGCAUAAGAAACGCAAACGGCAACGACGGAGGCAACGAUGACGGAGAGGAGCAGCACAUUUCCGUGAAGCUGAAAAACUUCUUUCCCUCGGAGCCGCUCAACGAGGGACCAACUAACGAGCCGCCGCCACAAAUAUCCGCCCGUGUCACCUCCAACUCGGGCUUUCGACCCUCACAAAUGGUGGACUUUACGCCGUCGGAUGUGAUGCCCAGUGGCGGUCUCAAUCGCUAUCCCCCCAGCUAUCUGGCGCCCAACUAUCAGCACCAGUUCCCGAGCUCCCAGCAUCAGUCUCCACCGGUCAUCAGUCAUCAGGCGGCGAUGGACAAGCAGUUCUCGUUCCCCGAAGAGUCUUCGGGGGUCUACCACAGCCUGGGCAGCACUCCGAUACCUACUACGCCGGUGGUUAGCUACCUGGAUCCGUACACCCAGCAGAACUAUGGAUAUGUGCCUACGGCGACGCCACCCACCCUUAUACAGUAUCAGAGGGAACAGCCCGAAGACGAUCAGGCCUACACAGUGCAGUCCUCGCUGCUUGUAGGCAGCCACCAGCAGCAGCCUCAGCGACCACGUCCAGGGUUUGUGGACGAUGUCUAUCUUAAGCGGCCCGGCUAUGUCUUCGAUGAGAGCCCCUCGUCGGCGGUGUAUCGCAGACCCACGAAAGCUCCGCCAGCCCUGCCAGCGCCACCCACCACAGCGUCGCAUAAAAUUUCAUACGAUUCGCAUGAUUACCCGCCGCCGAGCUAUGCAGCCGAGCAGACAUCCAAUUUCGUGCCCCAAGCCGUGCCCGAGCGGCCGCUCUACAACCGCCAAGACAUCAAUGACAAUCGACCAGCGGUGCAGGAGGCCCAUCGACCCCAGCUUCAGCCCCAGCCCCAUCACAGGCCUCCUUCCUCGUCUAAUUAUGCAAACAACUUUGAUAAUUAUUUGCAGCGGCCGCCACCCAGCUACCAGAGCCAGUCCUAUGCCCAACCCCAAACGCAGUCUCAGUCUCAGUUGGGGUCCAGUCCUACGCACUAUCAAUACGAGCCGCUGGCAAGACCCCAGCCAGGAGUGGGAUAUGGACAGGGACAUGGACAGGGACAGGGACCGGGACCAAGACCAGGACACAAUUACUACGAGUAUCAAAUUGGUGAGAUACCGCCACCGCAAUCCCACCCCGGACAGCGACCGAGCCAGUACCCCAGUCAACAUCAGCAGCAACAGCAGUUUAACUAUCGUCCUGGAGCAGGGCCAACGACAUAUCGACCCAGUCAGUCGUCGUCGUCGUCGGGCGGCGGCGGCGGCGGUCUGGCCACACUGGCAUCGCUGUUCAGCUCAACGCAGCAGUACGCACCGCAAUUUACGAACCUCCUCCUGGCCGGAGUUGGCGGUGGCGGAGGUGGCACAGCCUCCUCCACCCAAUCGCAAUCCAGCCCAUUAGGCAGUCUCCUCGGCGCGUUCGCUGGCAAUGGAUACCAGCAGCAGCAGUAUCAGAAGCCUCAGCAGGGACGACCACCCAACACACAACUCAUUAGAGCCCUGGAGAACAUCGCACGCAACGACGAUUUGGAGUGUGUGCCCAAGGUGCUCUGCCAGAUGAUUGCCGGUCAAACGUUACGUGGCCAAUUGCCAGGCUUCAUUACGUCCCCGGCCAUAGCCAAUUUCCUCGCUGGUUUUCCCGUGGCCUCACCCGCCCUCAUCUAUGGAAGGGCUGCCCUGCUGGGACUCAGCGGUGGAGAGCGCAGCUGCCUCCAGAGCUAUGAAAAGUGUCCGAAGAAUGAGAUGGAAAUCAUUCACUAUCUGAACAAUCAUCGCGGGGGCUUUUUCAAGUUCUUCAGCGAGCCGGAGGAGCAGCCGGUGGCAGCGCAACAGAGCGAAGGUGGCGCGAGUUCAUUCUUUAGCAUUCUCUCAGCCCUGACAGGAGGAGGUGGAGGCGGCGGAGGUGGCCAGAGCCAGGUAUACACCACACCGCGACCUGUGGCACGACCACGACCCACCCAGCGGCCCAGCACGGACAUUGCCAGCGGCAUCGGCAGCUUCUUUAGCCAGGUACUGUCCGAGUACCUGAAUGGGGUGGAGUAUCAGCGCAGGAGGAGGCGACGGAGCCUGUUGCCAACGGAAAUUAAACGCGCUAUUCAGACGGAUGAUGCCCGCCUGAUGCCAGUCGACUUCCACGACGAGGAGGACAGCCUGGACACGCAGUCGGGGCGGGUAGUCAAGUUCCAAGACGACGACGAGGCCGAGGAGGCCCAGGCCCACACUGAGCUGAUUGGAGUGCUGCAAUUUCCCGAGGACGAGGGUCGCGUUCUCAACUUCAAGGGUAUUGAGAGUGAGGAGCAUCAGGACGGUGCUAUCCGCUUUCCGGACGCCACUCCGUCGGAAGCACAACGCGACGACCAGAGUAAAAUUAUCCGCGAGUUCAAUCGCGAUGCGGCCCAGCGCAAAUUGAGAUUUCCCCAGGAAAGGAAAAGGGAGGAGGAGGAUGAUGGAGCUGUCAGACAGGCUAAGCACUUGGCUCUCAUCGAGGGUUGGCGGGCUGUGCUGCCCAAUGGCCUGGGCGAGGGGGACUACGGUGUGGACAAGCGUCGAGGCAAGAGGAUUGUCUUCAAGGAUACCAACGAGGAGCUGGACGAACAGGCAACUAAUGAGGAGAGGUACAGGGAAGAGCAGCAAAGGGAGGUAGAACUGAGGGAGGAACAGCUAAGAGAGGAACAAAUCAGAGAGGACCACAUCAGAGUCCAACUGAGAGAGGAAAUGAUCAGAGAGCAACAGCUGCGAGAGGAACGAACCAGAGAAGACGAGCUCAGAGUCGAACGCAUCCGAGAGAUACAGCAACUUCGCGACGCACCCGAGCGCUAUCCACUGAAUGCAGUCUACGAGGAGGCAGCCCCACCCCAGCGAGGCGCACGGGUCAUCUUCCCCGAUCACUAUGAGCGCUAUAUCCGUAAAGGAAAGAUCCUGAAUCGACCCACCUAUGCGCCCAGCUACGAGUACAGCGACAGGAGGGAGGAGAAGGAAGAUCGCCUGGUCCUAAGCAAUGACCACAGGCCUGGUGCUCACUACCGCCUGGAGACAGGCGACUAUCAGAGCCAAAACACCCUAAACUACGGCGAGUACAUGCCAAGCAUGUCCAGUACGGUUCGCUUUGGGGAACCAUCCGAUGAGCGACCUGCCCCACAGUAUAACUAUCCCAAUGCGAACUACAUCAGCGACAAUCGGUAUGGCAGCAGGCCAAGUCAGAAGCCCCGACACGAGGACGACAAGAACAUCUACGUGACGAACUCGCAGGGCGUCAAUGAGUACUACAUCCGACCCGAUGGCAGCAAGGUCUACCUGAGGGCGGGCUAGGCUUAGAGUUAGAAUAAGCGGUGCUUGCACCAAAACCCACUUAGAGGCAGGACACAUAUAGUCAUAAGUCUGUAAAUAUUUAAUACUUUAAGGGAGUGCAU